AUGGCUAAUUAUUCAAAUCAGUUUUAUUGUCAAAAUGGAUCAUUACCACCCUCACCAUCGUCGAUUUCUCCAUCUUCAACACCUGCUUGUUCAUCACCAUCAUUCGUUCCAUGCAAUAAAAACGAAAAACCCCCUAAAAAACGCUGGCAAUUAACACAAUCAUCAUCUCCAUUAGUCUUGCAGAACAACGAUGAUAAAACACCUUCCAAAAACAGUCAUUUUUAUCUAGAUCCAUCUCAAUGGAAACAUCAAAGUGUGUUAAUUCUUUGUGACCAUCAUUAUCACAUGUCAACGAUAAUUGACAUUAAUUAUUCAAUGAUCGAUAUUGAACUAAAAAAACCAAUUAAUAACAAAUUAGAGAUGAAAUUAUAUUGUAAUUUUGAACAAAGUUUAUCCCCAACACCAACAGUCAUUCUAGAUAAUAUUCCGGCUUGUAGCGAUUUAAAACUAAAUACAUCAGUAUGCGUAAGAAUUCAUCCAACAAAUUCUGAUUUUGUAUGUGGUAUCAUUAAAGAGAAACAUCCAACACGUCUAGAAUUUUCAGUGAAAUUUAUUGACGGAAAUGAACAACAGCAACGAUGGUUCACACGACAAAAUAUUCGACUAUUAAUUGAACCGUGGCAUGAAGAAUUAAGAUUAUUUAGAGCAAAUACAGUAGCAGACGUAGUAACAUCUGUUGAUAAUGAAAUAGAAGAAGAAGAAAAAAUUAAUAUUAACAACGAUGACGAUGAAUCAGAAGAAAAAUUGAGCAAAACAAUACAAUCAAAUCAAGAUUUACCGAAUGACGGGGCUAGUUCUUCUAUUGAAUCAACAAUUGGUGUACGUUCAAUAUCCUCUUCAUCUUCGUCUACUACAUCAUCUCUUGCAUCUUGUGCUGUACCAUCAACACCAACAACACCAAAUGAUUAUUUAAAAUCAUCAUUUCCAACGCCUCCAUUAUUAAUUGAAGAUGAUUCAUCAAGUGGUGAUUCACGAGAACUUCAACAACAACAACAUUCAAAGCAACAAAAUUAUCAAAAAGGCGAUAUAUUUGAAAUGUCAAGUGGCAUACGUAAGAAAUUUAAUGGAAAACAAUGGAGACGUUUGUGCGGCGUGGAAAACUGUCAAAAAGAAUCACAACGACAUGGCUAUUGUUCAAAACAUUUGUCGCAAAUGAGAGAACCACAUUUACAACGUUUUAGCAACAAUUUACAUCAUACUCAAUCAUCACAUCAUUCACAUCAUCCAUUACAUAAUAUAUCACCGUUUCUGAAUAUGACUGAUUAUUAUCAAGGAAUAAAUAGAUCACAUUCAUUAUUUAACACAAUACCGUUGAAUUUAAUGCGUUAUCCCCACGCACAACAUCAAUUUGAUCCAUCGAGUGCACUCGUUCCACAAAUGCCAUCACCUCGUCUCUCACAUCCAUUAUUCUCACGUUCCUAUUCAUUACAAAAGCCACAAUUACUAGUCAAUGACCAUUCCUUUCCAUCGUCCACACCGUAUGCAAGUGCAUUUGUGCCGCUCUCGUCAAACUAUCAGCACGGAUCGUCUUAUCCUCAACGAAAAAUGCUUCAAGCAAAUCGAUCUUAUUCAUCAUCACCACUUCAUUCAUCAUCGUAUACACAUUCCAAUGAUAAUACUCGAGAUUUUAAAUCAGCACCACCCAAUGAACCAUCACGUUCAUCCUCCACUACAGCACUACCACCAUCGUCUGUAUCAUCAACAGUUAUAGAAGAAUCGACACCAGAAAAACAACAGUCAACAAAAGCAGGUUCGUCUCAUCAAAUAACCGAGGAUGAAAAUGAUUCUGAUACUGAGAUCGAUGUCAGUGAUGAUAAUCAGGGAACAAGUCAAGAGACUCAAACAGCAGUUGUGAAAGAAGCAAUAAGUGAUGUAAGUACAUCACCAUCGAAUCGUUCAAUGUCAAUAACUCCAUUACCAACUUCAUUAAAUGAAACAGUUAUGAAACGUUGUCGUUCGGAAAAUGACAUAACAAAUAACACUGAUGUUGAUCUUUCAAAAAAGAAGUCAAAACAAGAACUUUUAUCAUCAUUAACAAGCCCAGUAGAUCAAAAAAGUGUUGUUUCCGCUACUGUACUUCCACCACCUAUGUAUAUAUCGUCACAAUAUCAGUCGACAUUUUGGUUUGACUUACUACCAAAGUUUUCAUUCCAUCCAAUAAAGCAACAAGAAUGUGUUUCAUUCAACAAUUCAAGAUCAAAUUAUCAUCCUCAUCAUCAAAGUUGUUUAACAAAUCAGAAUUGCAGUGAAUAUAAUGAGCAUACUGUAUUGGAGAAUCAAUCAUUUUGUACAAACAACAACAAUAAUAAUAAUUAUCAUUUAGCAAAAGAAAAUCACAUGAACGUUAUCAAAUAA